GUCAACCGGUCAGUGCGUUCGUCGGACCACCCUCGAUCGUCGCUGCCCCCCAAAACGAACAAAAGCGACGCGCUCCGCCACAGCCGAGACCCGGUAAAACUUCCGCCUGCUCUCCUCUCCUCUCCCCCGCCUACCUCCUCGGCUCGUCGACCACACCACCACGAGGCGUCGGUGGCGGCGGCGCCGCAAAACAUUUGGCUGGUUCGCCCGGCCGGGAACCACCGGCAGCUUCAGCUAUCUGCUUCCGCCGCAGCUACCAGGGCAUCGUUUGCUCCUUGACCAGCUCCGGGCGCAGAUAAGAACUGGCUUCGGAUAAAGGUCUCGGGGAGGCCACGGGAUUCGGCGCAUGGGGAGCUCCGCCAGCUGCCUGUGGGGCGGCUCCAAGUCGGGGCCAGGUCAAAAUGGUCUAGCGGCCACGGCGGCGUCUCCUCGUUCUGGCCAUGUAUUAUCAAGAUCCGGGCGAAAUAUACAAGUCUUCUCCCUAAAAGAGUUGAAAUCUGCCACACGGAAUUUUCACACGACGAACUGCAUUGGCCGUGGGGGUUUUGGACCAGUUUAUAAGGGAGACCUGAAAGAUGGCACCCAAGUUGCAAUUAAAAGGCUUUCAGCUGAAUCAAAGCAAGGAACUAACGAGUUCUUGACAGAGAUCGAUGUCAUAUCAAAUGUCAGGCACCCCAACCUUGUAAAGCUCAUUGGUUGCUGUGUCGAAGGGAAUAACAGAUUAUUGGUGUAUGAAUAUGCAGAGAAGAACAGUUUGUCAAAUGCUUUGCUUGGACCGAAGAGUAGAUGUAUCCCUUUGAACUGGCAAACAAGAGCUGCCAUUUGUACUGGAACUGCUUCUGGUCUUGCAUUUCUUCACGAGGAAGCACAACCACGCAUAGUCCACCGUGAUAUCAAGGCUAGCAACAUCUUACUUGAUAAGACGCUGGUUCCUAAAAUUGGAGAUUUUGGACUGGCCAAGCUUUUCCCUGAUGCCAUCACUCACAUUAGCACGCGUGUUGCGGGAACAAUGGGUUACUUGGCUCCAGAGUAUGCAUUAUUGGGACAGUUAACCAAGAAAGCAGACAUAUAUAGUUUUGGGGUGCUGCUUCUUGAAGUUAUAAGUGGUGAAAGCAGCAGCAAAUCGACUUGGGGGGAAGAUAUGCAUGUCCUUGUGGAAUGGACAUGGAAGCUGCGAGAAGAAGGGAGGCUUUUGGAAAUUGUAGAUCCGGACGUGGAAGAAUACCCAGAGGAGCAAGUACUUCGUUUCAUCAAGGUGGCACUUCUGUGUACCCAAGCAACAGCACAGCAGAGGCCAUCCAUGAAGCAGGUGGUCCAUAUGCUAGCUAAUGAAACAGAAAUUGAUCUUGAGAACGCCGUCCCGCCGGGUGUGCUGAAAGAACCCCGUCGUAAAAUGGGCAGUUUGGGGGAUUUGGCUCUGGACACGUCCUCGAGUCAGAGUACCAGAGCCAACGCGGCUGGGUCCUGCACCACACAGACCAGAGACAUGAACAGCUGUAAUUUUAGCACAACCGAGGUUUCACCUAGGUGAUGUGGUGGACCAACUUGCAAACUUGUUUGCCACCUUCAUCAGAUGGCUACACACUGCCAUGAGGUUUUGCUGCGUCGAGUGCCGACAAUGUUUUUUGUGAAACGGAAAAUUGCACAUAAUGUACUUGAAGCCCUGAUUCAGGAGGUAGACAUGAUGCUGAGGGGAGUAGCUGCGAUUUGCUGCUGUACAGAAUGUGCACUUCACUUUUUCAAAGGUUAACACACGUUAUUCUUUAGUGCUUGGUGUAGGCAUUGUGCGAACAUUAUGUCUUCGGAGCUUCCCAACAGAGGGCAGGAUAUGAGAAAGAUGCAGCAAGGAACAGACUGAACAGCUCCCGUAUAACCCUAGUCACUGAAUAGUCACAAUUUUAAUGUCGUAAGUUUACUUCUCUUCAUGUAGAGUGAACAUAUGUGUAGAAAUUAUGGUUAGUUUUGCAGACCAUUUAUACAUUGUACUCGUUCUUGGUGGGAUGUUACGGUAUAUAAUUUUUUGCUGGA